GUACCUAUGCAAAUUGAAAUCAUAUGUUCGCAAUAAAGCUCAUCCAGAGGCUUCAAUAGCGAAUACAUUUUUGGCAGAUGAGUGUAUGGUGUUUUGUUCUAGGUACUUAGAAGGUUUCUCCACAAAGCACAACAAACCAUCAAGGAAUGAGGAGAACCAGGAUCAUCAAGAAUCUGACUUACUUGGAGAAGUUUCCUCUUUGUUUCCUCCUGUAGGAAAACCAUUGGGAAGACCAUCCAGUUUUAUUUUAACUGAUCUAGAGAAACUGCAAGCACAUAGAUAUGUACUAUACAAUUGUAAAGCUGUCAUUCCGUACUUGAA